AAUUUUCUGGACGCCUCCGCCUUCGGCCUGCUUCUAAUCUCCAUGCUCGCGAGCCAGCCAGAUUUGUGGAUCCGAAGCCUGUAAUUGAAGAAAUUUGGGGGAAAUUUUGGCAUCAAUGGCGGAGAAUUGCAGCAGGAAGCUGAUUAUAGAAGUUUGCAAUGCGAAGAAUUUGAUGCCGAAGGAUGGCCAGGGAACGGCGAGCGCCUACGUCAUCGUCGAUUACGACGGCCAGCGGCGCCGUACGAAGACGAUAUUUCGAGAUCUGAAUCCUCAGUGGGAUGAGAAGCUCGAAUUUAUGGUGCACGACGUUGGUUCGAUGGCGACGGAGAUUCUGGAGCUUAACGUUUACAAUGAUAAGAAGGCUGGUAGGCGGAGCACGUUUUUGGGGAAAGUGAAGAUCUCCGGCAGCAGUUUUGGCCGGUCCGGUGAGGAUGUUCCGUUGGUGUAUUAUCCGUUGGAGAAGAGAAGUGUUUUUUCUCAGAUUAAAGGCGAGAUUGGCUUGAAAGUUUCGUAUGUGGAUGAAGAGCCUCCUCCGGCGCCGGCGCCGGAGAAAAACGACGCUGCUGCUCCGGUAGCGGCGGAGAAGCCUGCAGAGAAGGAGGAGGAGAAUAAACAACCACCGCCUGAAGGUACAGAAGAGAAAAAGGAGGAAGAGAAGAAAACCGCUUCUGAUGAGGCUAAGAAGGAAGAGAAACCACCGGAAACUGCACCGGCGCCUCAACCUCCGCCACCGUCUACACCACCGCCGGCGUCGACUGAAGUAGAACAUCCACCAAUCGCUCAACAGAAAAGCACUCAAAACUCCGAAAAAAUGGCGACUCUCGAGAACUCUAAAAAUCUCGAAAUCGAAUCUAAACUGUUCCAGAAGAUCUCCGGCGGAAACGCCGAUCGAAGGAUCGCCUUUGAUCUCGUCGACAAGAUGCCAUUCCUCUACGUCCGCGUCGUCAAAGCCAAAAUCUCGAAGCCAGAAGCCGAUUCCUCCUUCUCCGCGAAGCUAGUGAUCGGAACUCACAGCAUCAAGACCAAAUCGCAGGCAGCCAACAAGGAAUGGGAUCAGGUCUUCGCCUUCGAUAAAGAAGGCUUGAACUCAACUUCUCUCGAAGUUUCCGUCUGGACGCAGAAUAAGAACGCCGGCGACGGCGCCGUCAACGACGUCUCCGCCGGAACGGUGUCGUUCGACCUCCAGGAGGUGCCGAAACGCGUUCCUCCAGACAGUCCACUAGCGCCGCAGUGGUACAGCUUGGAAGGCGGCGAAGGUUCACCGGGAAAUGACGUCAUGCUAUCAGUGUGGAUCGGGACUCAGGCCGACGAAGCCUUCCAGGAGGCCUGGCAGUCAGAUUCCGGCGGCCUGAUACCGGAAACCCGAGCCAAAGUCUACUUGUCUCCGAAGCUGUGGUAUUUGAGGCUAACGGUCAUCCAAACCCAGGAUCUGCAGCUCGGCUCCGACUCCGAGCCUAAGGCUCGGAACCCGGAGCUAUACGUUAAAGCUCAGCUCGGCGCGCAGCUAUUCAAAACGAGCCGCACAAUAAUCGGCUCAUCAUCCAAUCCUACGUGGAACGAGGACCUGCUUUUCGUAGCCGCCGAGCCGUUUGAGCCGUUUCUGAUAGUAACGGUCGAGGACGUUACGAAUGGUCACGCGGUGGGGCACGCCAAGGUGCAGUUAUCCACUGUGGACCGGCGUACGGACGACAAAUCCGAGCCCCGGUCCAGGUGGUUCAAUCUGAUUGGCGGAGAUGAAAACAGCAAGCCGUACGCCGGGAGGAUCCACGUGCGCGUCUGCCUCGAGGGUGGCUAUCACGUGCUCGACGAGGCGGCUCACGUGACCAGCGACGUCCGCCCCACCGCCAAGCAGCUCUCCAAGCCCCCCAUCGGCCUCCUCGACGUCGGCAUACGUGGUGCCGCCAAUUUGCUCCCAGUCAAGACGAAAGACGGGACCCGCGGGACCACCGACGCCUACGUGGUCGCCAAAUAUGGGCCCAAGUGGGUCCGCACGCGGUCGAUCCUCGACCGCUUUAAUCCCCGGUGGAACGAGCAAUACACGUGGGACGUGUACGAUCCGUGCACCGUGCUAACAAUCGGCGUGUUCGACAACGGGAGGUACAAAAACGACGACGCCGGGAGCAAGCGAGACGUCCGGCUCGGGAAGCUCCGGGUCCGGCUCUCGACGCUCGACACGAAUCGCGUGUAUGUCGGGACGUAUAAUUUAAUCGUAUUGCUCCCCGGUGGCGCGAAGAAAAUGGGCGAAAUCGAGAUCGCCGUGCGAUUCUCGUGCUCAUCGUGGAUCAGCCUCGUCCACGCCUACGCCAACCCGACGUUGCCGCGGAUGCACUACGUGAAGCCAUUGGGCCCGGCCCAACAAGACGUCUUGCGGCACAACGCGAUGAAAAUCGUCGCGGCGAGAUUGGCCAGGUCGGAACCGCCCCUCGGCCAAGAAGUCGUCCAAUUCAUGCUCGAUUCCGACAUCCACAUGUGGAGCAUGCGGCGGAGCAAGGCCAAUUGGUUCCGCGUCGUCGGGUGCCUAUCCCGUGCCGCUGCGCUCGCACGGUGGCUCGACGGGAUCCGCACGUGGGUCCACCCCCCGACGUCGAUUUUAGUCCACGUCCUCCUCGUCGCCGUCGCGCUCUGCCCGCACCUCGUCCUCCCGACGAUUUUCAUGUACGCGUUCCUAAUCGUCGUCCUCCGGUUCCGUUACCGCCAGCGUGCGUCGAUCACGAUGGACCCGAGAUUGUCCCACGUGGACGCCGUCGGGGCCGACGAGCUCGACGAGGAGUUCGACGGGUUCCCGACGUCGCGAUCGGUGGACCAGAUCCGGGUCCGGUACGACCGGCUGCGGGCCCUCGCGGGGCGGGCCCAAACGCUUUUGGGUGAUGUGGCAGCGCAAGGGGAGAGGCUGGAGGCACUGUUCAAUUGGAAAGACCCGAGGGCGACGGGGAUUUUCGUCGUCGUUUGUUUGCUCGCUUCGUUGAUUUUUUACGUCGUGUCCUUCAAAGCGUUCUUGUUGGCGUCGGGAUUUUAUUACCUCCGCCACCCGAGGUUCCGCGACGACAUGCCGUCGCCGGCGAUGAACUUUUUCCGGCGGCUGCCGCCGCAGUCCGAUCGGAUUCUCUAAUAUCAUGAUCUAAUAAUUAUUAUUUAUAAUAAUAAUUAUUAAUUGAGUUAAUGUGAUUGGUGCACUCUCUUAGUGUAGUAUUUUAAUUUAGUGUUUACGGGUUUCUUUCAUUGUCCUGCAAUAGGACAAUUUAUUUAUUUUUAAACUUUUAAAAGUGCUUUGAAUAAUGUGACAGCAGAAAGUGGUUGGUCGUGUCAUCUCUAUCAGAUUUUUAUUUUAUGGUGUUUGGCAAAAGUGACCGUUGGAUUUAUUUAUUUAUUAGGUUUGUG